CUCUCCCUCUGAUUCCCACUUUUUGUGUUUGAAAUUAUGUUUAUAUUUAAUAUCUUUACUAGAUUCUAGAGGAGGAAUGGAAGUCACAGAGCAAAGUUUCAGCACCACCUGCUUAUGUUGGUCCAUUGUUUUUUAUUGCAGAACAUCAAAUCUUAAAGCGCUAACUCACUAUUGUCAACUCUACUCAGCUGUCGGACGGUCUGACUAAAGUCAGUCACUUCAAUAUCUUCACGCUUGUAUAUCUAAACGAGUUCAAGUGGUUACAGCCUUCAUUUCCAAGAUGCUGUUUCUCUGUGUGAACCAAAAACCAGGACAGAAAGCUGUUAAAUAUCCCGCACCUCAUUACUGGAAGGAUCUAAAGACUGAGGAUACGGUUUCAUUGAAUAGUUUCGAAGGUCUCUAGAAUCACAAAGUGACAGAAACCACUGACUGUAGAUGUUUUAUGUGAUUUGUUUUGUUAGAGUCGUGUUUGAAAGGUUUGAACUGUCUUGUUUUUAUCUGGUUUUGCCGCUGGAUAUCCCAGGACACUCUUAUAAAACAGACUUUCAAUAUCAUUAAGUUUCACUUUAUGGCAAAAAUAAGGGUCACAAACAAAGUUGCAGAACUUGAUGACUCCUAGAGAGCUAAAGCUUUAGAAUCAAAUAUGUCUUCGAUUAUUUUAUAAUUUACUGAGGUUUUUUUUCUCAGGAUUCUGAAUAAUCUCAGUAUCCUUUUGUGUUUUUUGUGUGGGUUUUAUUUUCUUUCCCCAGUGGCCCCGAUCCUCUUCCGUACAAAAACAGAGUGUCGGCUGAGUCCUAAACUAAUGUCGAUGCUUGGUUUAAAUUUAAACAGCUGUAGUGUUUUUUCCUCCACCAGCCCAUAUCUCUUCUACUCCGUGCCUCAGGAGAAGGGGGGUUAAAAAUCGCCUGCCAGGGCACGCCCAUCACUAGCGCUGUGGUUUUUACACCUGCCUCACCAACCCUGCCACUUUGAGCUCAGACCUCCAGGGACUGCUUCACCUGCAGCCAGCACCGACCGCUUCCUCCGAGGCGUACCACCGGCCGACGCUGCGGACAGGUGUCCAACAUGAGCGCCGACGGCCGCUGACUGCAGCCCGCCUCCAUCCGACCAACUCUCUCUGCGGCGGAGGGGAAGCGGCGAGUGUUUUCCCCGCGCCGCCGGGGAGGGACGUGCGCUAAGUAACGGAGGACACAAACAUGCAAUAGGCGGCAUCCAGGUCCGCCGCUACGCCAGAGCGCUCCCACCGGACCUCCGUGUACCUGCUGAACUUUACCCCUCCCACCCCUCCGCUCCUGACGCGAUGGCAGCCGCCACUCUCGGGGAAGUUGGAGGCGUCCUGCACGGCAUCGACGGCGUCGUUCACGUCGGCUCCCAUUUCGUCCUCACGCCUCCCGGGGACGGGCCGACUCUGCUGGGGGAGCACCACCUCGCCCCCGGGGACAGGCGGUACCUGCCGACCACGCCGGAUCUGAAGCACUUAAAGGGCAUUCUGAGGAGGCGGCAGCUGUACUGCAGGACGGGGUUUCAUCUGGAAAUACUUCCGGACGGCACGGUGCAGGGGACCAGAAAGGACCACAGUCGCCAUGGUAUUUUGGAAUUCAUAAGCCUCGCUGUGGGACUGAUAAGCAUAAAAGGAGUGGACAGCGGGCUUUACCUGGGGAUGAACGACAAAGGGGAGCUCUAUGGCUCUGAAAAGCUCACAGCCGAAUGCGUCUUCAGGGAGCAGUUCGAGGAAAACUGGUACAACACCUACUCGUCCAACCUCUACAAACACGGAGACAAAGGGACGCGUUACUUUGUGGCUUUAAACAAAGACGGGACUCCAAGGGACGGGACGAAAUCCCGACGGCACCAGAAAUUCACACACUUCCUGCCCAGGCCUGUGGACCCAGAGAGAGUGCCAGAACUGUAUAAGGAUAUCCUGGGUCACAGUUGAGAUGCCAAAGUCUCUGAUCGGGGAGUAGCUGCUUUAACGCCCCUGUUCGGCAGGGCGUGAAAUAAAACAAACAAAAAAAAAGCAAAAACA